AUGACAGAAUUAGACGCCUCUUCUUCGCAGACUCCCAAAAAGACCACUUUUGGCUUACCUCGCCCUAAGGCCGCCUACUACCCACAUCCUGGCUCUCCACUUUACGCUGAUAAGGAAUUGUACACUGGAAUUUCAAAGGCCCCAAAGACCCACGUAAAAACUUACAGAUGUGAGCCUAGAUCGGGAAUUGCAGUUAAAAUUCCUGCUAGAUCCGUCUUCAGAAUUACUACCCCGGAAGGUCCACAAGUUUGUGAUUUAAACAUUUGGAAUGCACACAACCCAAGAGAAAGAUUCUGGGCUGCUAGAACAAGACAGAUGCACUCAGCACAUGUCUCCACAUUUGAUCGUUUAUGGUCCAACUUACCAUACUUAAGACCGUUGGUAACCAUCACCGACGACACUUUACUGGCCCGCCACGAUGAAUGGGGUGGAAGAGUGCACGAUACCUUGGGUACUAGGUGUGAUCCAUACGUAGACAAGCUCCUCUCUGGAGAAGACAACGACUUACAUUGUCAUCUGAAUUUAACUCGUGCUGUUUUACCUUACGGAUUGACUGAGUUUGACGUCCAUGAUGUCUUAAAUGUUUUCCAAGUCACCGGAUUAAAUGAAUACGAUCAGUACUUUAUGGAAACUUGCCCUGCUACCAAGUCCGACUACUUUGAAUUGUUUGCAGAACAAGAUCUUUUGGUGGCCAUCAGUGCUUGUCCAGGUGGAGAUUUGUCUCAAUGGGGAUGGGGAGAAUCUGAAGGAGACGAGCUGAAGAUGAUUGACUGCUGCAGACCAUUGGAAAUUGAGGUUUACUCGUUGGAUGAUGAAGAAUCCGCUUUAAAGGGCUGGGAAGCACCAAAGGUUGUUGAUUACAAGGGUAACCAUGGUUUAAAGGGACCACAAUAG